CGUGUCCGUCCUGAUCUUGUUCCAGUGUCGUCUGUGUUGGUGUGAUUUAUUGUGGCUAUUCUGGAUUAGAAACAUGGCACAAUACUCAAAUAAACACUCGCAGCUCGUCAAGAUCGCCUUCAUCGCUAUUCUAGGAUGUGUGGGCGUGGCACAGGCUUUGACGGUGGAGGUGAAGGACGGGAAUGCCACCUGCAUCAAAGCUGAGCUCUCAGCUUUGCUCUCUAUUGUGUACACAGUGAGCAACGGAACGAGGACAGUCAGGGUGCCCCUCCCCGACUCGGCCACACUGGGCAGCAGCAGCUCCUGUGGGGGGGACGGCCGGGCCCCCUGGCUGGUGCUCACCUUCGGGAGCGGCCACGCCCUGGGCCUGAGCUUCUCCAGCGAUGGGGCCCAGUACAGGGUGGACAACCUGACACUGGAGUACAAUCUGAGUGACAGCGCCACCUUCCCAGAGGCCUCCGGCUCCGGCCUCGUCACCCUGUCCACCGCUUCCACCGGGAUCCUCGCUGGGGUCAACACCACCUACCGCUGUGUGAGCGACUCCGUCGUCAGCCUGGGUGGAGAUGGUGCCGCCGUCAUCUUCUCCAACUUAACGAUGGAGGCCUACAUGCCAGGAGCCGACCUCAGCCCCAAUGAGACCAUCUGCACUGCCGACCAGAGCGUCACCACAGAAGCGCUGCCCACCACGGCUGCUCCCAAAACCAGCGCCGUGACAACAGCCCCUGCCCCCGCGCCUCCUGGCAACCCCGAACGAGGAAACUACACCGUCACCAACGGCAACGGCACUGCCUGCCUCCUGGCUCGAAUGGGACUCCAGCUCAACCUCACCUACGUGUCCAGCUCUCUGAACACGACCGUCCAGCAGAUCGUGAACCUGCACCCGAACCUGACGAGGAACCAGGGAUCGUGCGCUCAGAGCAGCGCCACCCUGUGGCUGCAGGAGGAACGCACAAACCUCAACUUUUCUUUUGUGCUGAACACCACAACUAACAAGUACCACCUGAGUGGAAUCAGCUUAACUGCUGACUGGCCAGACAUGCAGGAGCCCUUCUCCGGCGGUAACGAGAGCCUGAACUACCUGCGCGGGACGCUGGGGCGCUCCUACAUGUGCAGCGCGGAGCAGACUCUCCCCGUGCUGUCCGACUUCUCCCUCAACACAUUCCAGCUUCAGGUGCAGCCCUUCGGAGUCAGCGGGGACCAGUUUGGAGCGGCGGAGGAGUGUCAGUUGGAUGAAGACAACAUGCUAAUCCCCAUCAUUGUGGGGGCUGCGCUAGCUGGGCUGGUGCUCAUUGUUCUGGUUGCCUACCUGAUUGGCCGGAAGAGGAGCCACGCUGGCUAUCAGACCAUCUGAUCACCGCCGGUCACCCGAUGAAACGGAGACGAUGUUCAACCACUGCUACUAACGACUUUCACCAGACUCUGUACAAACCCCGCCCCCCCCCCAUGCCUGCCCUCCACUUGGUUUACUUCCUGUCACAUGAUCACAGGGAGAGGAAGUUAAAGCUGUGCUACUAAUUGACCGUUGCCAGACGCUGCAGAUUCCCGCAGCCCCGCCCCCCCGCUGUUUCGCACGCUUGUUAGCUGUCCUGUAUUCUGAUUAAGAGGGGUUUCCACGCGGGGGGGCUGUUUGUCCCCUGCCAUGGCCCCCCCUGCAAGCGCGUGCUAACGGGCGCAGGAUUCACUGCUCCCCCCCCCCCCCGCCCCGCGUGGCUCCUGUUUGCUCUUCUCUGAAUAGCUACGUGCGCUUUGUAAGAACGAACGGAAUUUGUGCUCUUUUGUAAAUAAUUGGAAGUUUUUUCAUUAAAUUAUAUAGCUCAAAAAAACUCUAAAGGAGAAUGUCAGUUUAGGGGGGAUGGGGUGAGUCAGGGGAGCGGUGGGGGGGGGGGGCGAGGUCAUCUGUGACAAAAGAGCAGCUUGUCCCGAAUCCCGAAAGGACUCCAGAUUGAUUGAACCCAGCAGAGCCGUGAUUGACAGGGUAGCCGACCAGUCGGCACAGAGCUCGGGAGCGGGCGGAGGAGACGCCCUGGCCUGGGGUCUGUAAGCGGUGUGAGUAGCUAGCGGUAGAGUUGUGUCAGUGGAGUGGAGAGUGCCUCUUGCUUAAAGCAGGAUGACUGCAGUGCUGGGAGAGAUAAGAGUAAACCUGGCAUUUUGCAUUAACAGGAUCAUAUUUUGAAAUGAGAUUUUUGAAUGAGAUGAGCGGUCAGUAGUAGGGAUGUUGUUGUUUUCCUCCCUCAUUAGUGAGCUAUGCUGUGUGUUUUGGUUUGGGCCCUCUCUCUCUGCUGUUCUCUGGUGCUGCUGUCUCUCCCAGCCCAGGCUGCAGCAGCAUCACACAGGACAGCUGGGUUUUUUUUUGUUGUUGCCUUUAUUCUGUAUCGCUUGACAUGACCCAGGAGGCAUCGCGACUCCUGUGAAAAGGGAAUAUUUUAUGCUGCCCUGCACACUGUUCACCCCCCUCCCCCCUCUCAUGUGCAUGGCUAACUUCCUGGAAAGUGUUGCACAGUUGAGGAGCGCCGAGUCUUAACUGCUCACAGUGUAAAUGACUCGAGCCUUAGCCCAGCCGUUAUUGAGGAACGAAAUUUGUUUUGUAUUAUUUAUUCCUUCAUCGUGUAGCGGGUGCUGCAGGGUGCGGGUUUCUCUCACAGUUCCUGCUUCCUUUGGUCUUCCUGGCCAUUGCAGGAAGUGAGUCAGUGGGCCUGGCUGCCCACUUCUAUGCACCCCCCCGCUCCCCACUCCACCCCACCCCUUUCCCCAAUAUGUCGUUGACUGUUGUGUGCAUACAGCUGUGGUCAAUUCCAGUGUGUUUAGCUGGAGUUUAAACCUCAGGCCACAGAACUGUGUUACAACUGCGACAGCUAAUUGCUAUUUUAUAGAUUUGGACUGCUGUACCUGUUGCAAUGCAGCUCUGUGGUCUAAGGCUUUCAACUCGAGGUUAAAUCCCAGCGAAGCACACUGCAAUUGACCAGAAGGGGUUUUCUUAAAACUCCUUCAGUAUUUAACUAUGAGCAAGUGCAACGCUAAACUAGUCCUCCGGGUUGUGGUUGAGGGGAGGAAGAGUGUGGUCCAGACGGGCCUUCAUUCUGGGGACUGAGAAUGCAGAUUUAGAUCUAGGCCCAAAUCCAGAGGAACACCCCCCCCCCCCCACACUCACACCCCACAGAGUCCCACACUUGCCAGUCUGAACGUCACCACUGUCCCAGCACUGUCCAUCAGAGAUGGGCAAUCGGCUUCCCCAAUUCCUCUUCCUCCUCAUUUUCUGUUCUAUUCCAUACUGAACAGAUAUUGAAAAUGUACAUUAAAACCAUAUCUUGGAGGGGAAGCUGGGAAGUGGAGUUCUAAAAGAAGUGUGAGGCCUCCAAAAGAUGUGUAAUAUUCUUUUCUAACCCCCUGAAAGUUCAUAUUCACUGUAGCGAUUGAUCUUAUAUUUUUUUGUAGAGGAAUGCUUUUGAUUUUUUUUUUUAUAUGCAUCUUGGUGAGGUAAAAUAAAGGAAAAUGAUACAGUC